AUGCUGUCAGAAGCUCUGGCUCAGUGCGAAGUUGAUCUGGUGGUUAGUGCUGGCGGGAGCCACUUUUGCGUCCGAUCAAGCGCCAAGCCGCACCGAAGGAGACGGGUUGAAGGUCAACUGGAGUCAGUUGAGCUUCACUUUACUACCGGCACUGAUCGGAGUCACUCAAUUGAACAGAUCCAUGCGCAUCUGCCUGAAGUCGAUCUGAACUGA